CUCAGCGCUCAGUGUGAAAGAUGCUGCCGCUGGGUUCAGACGCGGGUCAGAUGCUCGGUUGUCCUGUGAUGUGGAGACCGUGGGAUCUUUCAACAAGAGAGACGCAAUUAAAUAAAGUGGUUUCUGGAGGUUUGAGGCGGGUUCAGGCUUCUGAAGAUGUGUUCCAUCAUCCUGUGAGGUUGUUUCUGCCCAGAUCCAGGAUGCAGGAGUAUCUGUCUCAUCUGGGCCGGACGGUUUUGGCCAGUUUCCCCGUUCAGGCCACACUGCACUUUUACAACGACGAAGACUCCAGCUCUGAGGAGGAAGAGGAGGAGGAUGAAACGGACACUUACUAACAUCAUCAGAUCCGCACGUCUAUAACGAGAACUCACUAGCGAGCUGAGAGUGAACCGUGCGACCGUCAGGAAGCAGAACACUGUUUAGGAAACAAGCCGUGUGAAUGGAGAUGGGAAACACAGCGGUGUGGAUCCACAGGAACAGGAUUAUCACCUGAGACGAGCAGAAAUCCAGCGCCACGGGUCACGCCAUCAAACACAAACAGACCUUUGAUCUGAGGAAGAUCCUUCACGUCGGCCCACCUCUGGGACCGUCUUUAAAGGGAUAGUUCACCGAAAAUGAAAAUUGUCAUUUACUUACCCUCAAGAUGCUCCAAAAAUGAGUUUCUUGUUAUAUUUUGAAGAAUGUUGGGAACCAAGCAGUAGAUGG